CGUGUCUAACUACAGAAUAAUAUAAAUGAAACAUCGACCUGAUUGUAAUUAUUUGUGAGUUAGAUACCGGGGUGUUGUGUUCAGGAUGAGCAAGAAUUGUGAGGAUUUAGAAUGUGACUCCAGGCCUCGGGUGAAGGACCGGUUUCCUAGAAUAGUAAUAAUUAUAGUAGUGGCCGAGUUUUGUGAAAGAUUCUCUUAUUCUGGUAUGCGAGCAUUCUUGACGUUAUAUUUACGAAGCAAAUUGGGAUAUUCCGACGACGAAGCUACUGAACUGUACCAUGUCUUCUCAACAUUCGUAUAUUUGUUCCCUAUUUUCGGAGGAAUUAUGGCCGACAAUUACCUUGGGAAGUUCAGGACGAUCUUAUAUAUGAUGUUCGUUUACGCUGCUGGAAAUUUGCUGGUCGCCGUCACUGCCAUCCCACAACUGGCUUUACCAGGAAGGUUAUGCACCCUUCUCGGUCUAUUCCUCAUAACAGUGGGCACGGGUGGUAUAAAACCAUGUGUCACAGCCUUCGGGGGUGACCAGUUUCGGUUGCCACAGCAGGAGAAAUACUUGGCCGUGUACUUUAGUGUGCUGUACCUUAAUACUUGCGCGGGCAGUCUAAUAGCCAAGUCCGUGUCACCUAUACUGCGGUCCGAAGUGCACUGCUUCGGCGAUAAAGACUGCUACUCACUGGCGUUUGGCGCUCCUGGCAUCGUCGUGCUGUGCUCCAUAGUGAUUUUCGUGAGCGCCCGAAAUCGAUACGUGAUUAAGAAGCCUCAAGGGAACGUGGUGGUGGACUUCGUCAAAUGUGUCACCUUGGGUCUCAAAAACCUAAUCCUGCGUCGAAAGAAGGACGCCAACUCCCAUUGGCUGGACAGCACUCAGCAUCAGUACGACCAGCGCUUCAUCAGGGAUAUCAAGAAGACGCUCUCUAUACUGAUACUGUUCACUGUCCUACCUGUAUUCUGGGCCUUGCUGGAUCAGAUGGGCUCUCGCUGGACACUGCAAGCGACGAAGGUAUCCGGAAACCUGGGCUUCGUCACCAUCAAGCCGGACCAGCUGCAAGUUAUCAACCCCAUUUCCAUCAUCGUACUGAUACCGCUGGUACAGAAGUACGUUUACCCGUUUUUUGAGCGACGCAACAUGCUAGUGAAUCCUCUACACAAGCUGACCCUCGGCGGCGUGCUGGCCGGCAUCGCGUUCAUAGUGUCCGCCGUCAUGGAGAUAUAUCUCAAGACGACCUACCCCCAACUGCCAACCCCCGGUCUGGCCCAACUCCGGAUAUUCAACGGAAAUCCAUACUCCGUCAAUAUCACAAACUACAACAUAUCAUACUCUAUACCACCACACCACUACUACGUCAAAAAAGACUUUCAAAUCUACGGAACAGAGAAUAUAACAUUGAAUUUUAAAGGAUUACCUAUCAACGAAGAUUUUCUACAAAGUAAUAAUUCUUUUGAGAGAGAAUUUAUUUUAAAGGAGAACAAAGCGAACUCAUAUUUCUUGGACGGGGAUGAAGUGUAUGGAUUUUUCGAUAAUGUGGAUAAGAGUAAAUCAGGGUUGCCUGUAGUAAGAUUUUUAGUGUCGCACCGAAUUAACGCACCCGACAUAAAGUUCUACAACGAAAGAAGGAACGAGAUAGAAACACAUAUAAGUGUGGGAGUGUCACCUCAAAUAGAGGUGUUCGCUUCAACAUAUUCUAUUUGGACGGGUGAUGAAGCGGUGAUGAGACAUAUUGAGAUGAAGGGGGGUGGGGUGUACACUGUGGUUCUUGAUGAAGACGGUGAUCAAUAUAAAGCUAGUGUGAUAGUGAUCACGGAGCCAAAUUCGAUCUCCAUGGCGUGGUUGUUACCGCAGUUUCUCGUCAUGGCUGUGGCAGAGGUCCUGUUCGCCGUGACGGGCAACGAGUUCGCCUUCAAAGAGUCCCCAGAAAGCAUGAAAUCAGUCAUGGCAGCCGUUUGGAUGCUGACCGAAGCUGUAGGGAACGUCAUCAUCAUCAUCGUCACGAGGCUGCUGGCUGAUUACCAAACGGAAACCCAAUUCUUUUUCUACACGGGCCUGAUGUUCGUAGCUAUCGUCAUAUUCCACUUCAUGUCUCGCAACUACCAGUUCAAACACCAAGAAUCCCAGCCUGAUAAGAUAAGAGAUAAGAGGAGCAACAGCGACGCCAUGUAUCUAGAGGUUAAGCAGACUGAGGACUUGCUAGACCAUUAGUGUCCAACGAUUUUAUUCGUACUGUAUAUCCAGAGUAAUUUAGGAGACGUGGUCAGGAUCAACUCUACGCAUAAACAAAGAGAAUUGACUGUAAUAGAGUGGUAAAGUCUUAGUUUGCCAUACAAAACAGAUGGCGCUGUACUUCGCUAUUGUGUUUUGCGGUCACUGAACUGUCAAACGUACACUUUUGACAAUCAGAGUUACCACAAAAUAUAUGGAGCUCUACAACGCCAUCUCUUUACCUGUCAAAUUUGAAGCACGAAAUUGUCAUCGAUUUUACGCAAUAAAUGUAUCUUUGGCAUAAAUAAAUCAUACUUUUUUGUACCACUAUUAUUAACGUUAUUUUUGUGUUAAAAAAUAUUACCGCAUUGAAUUGUCACCCUACAAUAACAACACUUCUAGCAAAUACCAUAACAAGUGUCAAAUAUGUCAUCACUUCAUCAGAGUAUGGUUACCGAAUGAUAUGAUAAAAAAUAUUAUCUCGCUCAAAUGUGUCAAUUUAUUUUCUUGCUUAAAGUGCUGUCAUAACGGUUAGAGAAGUUAUACCUCUAUUCAUUUGGAGUUGUACAAUAGCGAACGAUCCAUUAUCAUUGUAUAGGAUGUGGUGGUUUGGCCUGCUUAUGUAUCAUGAUUCAUGAAUCAUCCUGUAUAUUUUUGUUAUUUUUUUAGUUACUAAAUUACAUGAUAGAUGUCGAUGUAACGUGUAGGCAGAAUCCUACAUCGCACUGUUAUUUUACAAGAUUUUCUUAGUGAAUAUAGUUUUACAUUCAGUUUAAGGUGAGCCCUAAACCUAAGAUAAAAAUACUAAACUUAUUUAUUUAAUAUGAUAUUUUAGUUUAAUAGUGAUAAUUUUUAUAAUCUAUCUUUUUUUUGUUGAUAUUUUACUUCGCUCAAAAGUUACGUUUUUUUCUGUUUAUUUCUCACUGCACCCACAUGGACUCUUUUCUGUUUCGCCCUAUGGUUGACUGGUAGUGAAUGCCUAUAACGGCAUUAAGUCCGCCUGUUGUACUUUUUGUAUGUGCAAUAAAGUUGAAAUAAAUAAAUAA